AUGAAAUUCCUUUUGAUCUUGGCCAGCUUAAUUGUCUAUAUGGGCCUUGCCGCUGCCCAGAAUUGCCAAGGACGUCCAAACUGCCGCGGCGGUAAAGACGAAGGAUCACCAACUCGAGCCAGAGGUGGACCAGCUUGUACUCCACAGCCAAAUAACAACAUGUGGUACUACAACGAGAGAACUAAUAAAUGCCUCAAGAUGAGUUAUAAAGGGUGCUACGGCAACAGAAAUCGUUAUUGCACAUUGCAAAGCUGUGAAGCAAAAUGCCCUCCUCGAAACUAA